GCGGAAGCCGCCGGGAGAGGCGCAGGGGAAACCGCACCGCCCGGCAGGCUGCAGGCAGAGCUAAAUCGGAGGCUGUAACUCGAAGCUGCGAGAGCGCAGUCGGGGGAGACUCCCGGGAAGCGCCCAAACACGCAGCCCGCGAGCGACUUCUCCAGUCCGGCCUUUCGUUGACCAAAGUUGGCCCUCCUGCUCGGGGCGGAGGGGACGCGGGCCCGCUGACGUCAGCCAGGAGCAGAUAAGAGGUGAUCUCGUCGCCGGAAGGAGCAAAGGGGAUCUUGCAGCGGUCAGAGCGAAGCCGCCCUUAGGAGCGGAGCCAAAGCCCGCGGAACAGAGGUUCCCCCCCCAAAGUAGCCGCAAACAUGCCACAAAACGUGCUUCUUCCCGGACCUCCGCCUUGGGGCUUCAGGCUAUCGGGAGGCAUCGAUUUUAACCAGCCAUUAAUUAUAACCCGGAUAACACCAGGAAGUAAAGCUUCACAGGCGAAUCUGUGUCCCGGUGACAUCAUUAUAGCUAUUGAUGGUCACAGCACAGAGAACAUGACUCACAACGACGCCCAGGAGAAAAUUAAAGCAGCAACCCAGCAACUCUGUCUGAAAAUUGAGAGGGCAGAGACUAAAUUGUGGUCUCCACAAGUAGCAGAAGAAGGAAGACCGCAUCCAUUCAAAAUAAACUUGGAAGCUGAACCACAGGACAUAGGCUACUUUGAACACAAACAUAAUAUUCGACCUAAACCUUUCGUAGUCCAAAGCCCAAGCAGUACUCCCUCCGGUUUUGAUGGCAGCAGUGGACGUAGCACACCCUCUUCCAUUAGCACUGUUAGCACUAUCUGUCCUACUGAGUUGAAAGCUGCAGCUAAGAUGGCCCCCAACAUUCCCUUAGAAAUGGAACUUCCUGGUGUCAAGAUUGUGCACGCUCAGUUUAAUACUCCUAUGCAGAUGUAUUCAGAUGACAAUAUUAUGGAAACACUGCAGGGACAGGUUGCUACAGCACUCGGGGAAACACCCCCUAUAAGUGAGCCAGCACCUGCAGUGCCCCAGUCUGAUGUUUAUAGGAUGCUACAUGAUGAUCCUCAAGGACCCAGCCAACCACGCCAGUCCAGUUCUUUCAAAGUGCUCCAAGACAUGGUCUCCGAAGAAGCUGAAGGUCGUCCCAGUGGGACAAGGAGUGUAAAAGCACCCAUCACAAAGAUGGGUGCUGGUGCGGGAAGUGUCCCGAAAGUGCCUUUGUGUGACAAGUGUGGAAAUGGCAUUGUUGGCACAGUAGUAAAAGCCCGUGACAAGUAUAGGCACCCAGAAUGUUUCAUCUGUUCCGACUGCAAUCUCAACCUGAAGCAGAAAGGUUACUUCUUCGUGGAGGGGCAGUUAUACUGUGAAACUCAUGCCAGGGCUCGCACAAGGCCCCCAGAGGGUUACGAAGCUGUCACCGUUUACCCCAAGGCUUAACUGUUUGGAGAGACACAUGCCUGCAUGCAUGCCCAGGGCAUUCUCAGCUUACAGCAGCUCUAGGGCUAAUGGCCUAAAUCCAGCAAACUGCUCUUUGCAAGGGGGAGGGAGAAGGAGGAUAGGAUGGAGGGCUCAGGGAAAAGGAUUGGGGGUUUUAGUAGACUAUUCUGAGUCUGGAAUAGGGGAUAGGCUUUUCCAAGACUUUAUCACAAUGUCUGUCAGGGUAAUCUGGUAGAAGUCAACAUAACAGAUUGUAGUACAUUAAGCAAAGCUAAAUUCUUCCACAUGAUUUAUAUUUUUGUUCAGAUAUUUGCACACACAUUACCAAAAAAAGGAUCCAAUCCAUUGAUGUUCUCAGCCUCCAAACCACAAACACAAAUCCUUUAUGUUAAGGACACCUACCUGCUAUAAAGACAGCCUACAGCCUUAUGAGCAUUGAUUAGUUUUUAUAUCAGCGUCAGUCUCUAUGAUAAAUCAAAUGUGGUUGCCCGCUCCUAUCCACAUGCUUACAGGUUUUCAUGAGCCAUAGUAUUACUUACUGCCAUUUCUUCCUCAACUUCAAGGCAAAGUAUACUGCUGAUGCUAGGAAGAAGGAGAUGCACCUGAAAGUAGAAUAUCUAAAUGCAUAGCCAUUAAAACUAGUAGUAGCAAAUCAGAUAGAGACAGAAAUUAAGAAGACUGAGAACAGUAGGAGAGGGCAACAGUUUCAUAUUGUCAAUGAAUGGCUUGCUGCAAUAGAAACACAAUUUAGUAUAAAAUAAGCACAGCAAAAAAGCAAGUUCUCUUUUAAUCAGCCACAAAUCACAAAGCUUCUGGGUUUUUUUAAAGUAUUGUCACAUUUCCUAUCAACUGUAUUUUUACUUCUGCCAAGUUUUCUCAGCCUGGUGCCUUACAACUCCAGUUUUCUCAAUCACGAGGCAAACUUUCCCAUGUUUAUUGCUUGGGAAGCAAAA